AUGAGUACAAGCACCACUAUUUACGAAAGCGUUCGAAUUUUAUUUAAUAACAAAAAGUUAAUAUUGAAACCAUAUGAAGAGCUUAAAGAGUUAAAAGUUGUUUCUAAUGCUCAAACGUUCGACUUAGAUGGCAAGAUAGUAACUUUAAAUGUAUUAACAAAUCAAAUUUGUAAUCAAUCCGAUGGCAAAAAAAAAUUGUUGCUCGAGCUUAAGCAAUUAGAAAAUGAAAAUGUGCUUAAGGUUUAUGGUCUUACGAGCGUAAAUAUGGAAUACUAUAUUAUUCGUGAAUACGCUAACAAUGGAGACUUGCGCAAUUACCUGAAAGAAAAUUCUCAAAUUUCUUGGAUCGACAAAGUAAAAUUAGCGUGCCAAGUGGUUUCCGGCUUGGAAUUCCUUCAUAAUAAUAAGAUCAUCCAUGUUGAGUUGCAUCCAAAGAAUAUAUUGAUGCAUAAUUCCACUCCAAAGUUGACAAGUAUAGGGAUAUCGCAACUUAAUACACCUAAUAGAUUUCCUUUUACUCAUUACACACCUCCCGAAGAAAUGCAGGAUAUAUCCUAUGCAGAAGUGUAUAAUAUAGAUCAAGUACAAGAGCAAGAUUGUGUUCCUGUUCCUGAUUCAGAAACUAUCCCAUUAAGUCACGACAUUAGUUCCUCUGAAGCUUUAAUUCCCGAAACUAGUCUCUCUGAAGAUUUUAAUAUGGAUGAGAACCAUUUAUUGGAUUUUGAAUUUUUGGAACAACAAGCAGAAAGAAAGAGAUUAUUUGUCAAGCGUUUUGGUUUGACCAAAGGUCGUAAUAGAGAUGGUUUUGAUUUUGUUCCAGGGAAAAAGCACAUUUUGGAUGGCAAUGGAAGUUUUAAUGCUGAAAAAUUAGAGCAUUUUACACCGAUCGUUUAUUCUGCGAAAGUAAACAUUGAACCAUGGGGAUUUUUAAAUAAGUUUACUUUAUUUCCUCGUAAGGACACAAAUGUUCCAUAUGGUGUGGAUAUCAUAAGAAUUCAUAUUCCAAUCGGUGAGGUAGAAUAUGAAGGACGUUUAACUGAUGAAUUUAUUCAUGAAGUUAAAGAUGCCCUUGACAUUUCAGAUUUGCAUGAAAAAAGAUCAAAACUAAAUGAAAUCUUUAAUGAAUACGGGAAUUAUGUUAUUACAAAAUUUACUAUUGGUGGUGCAAUUAUGAUUAAUACUCAGGGUAUUAGUGAUGAAAGUUUAUUACGCUUCCAAGUGUAUCUUAACUGGGGCAUUAGUUUCGCUAAAGGUGAAACACAAGCAAUUUUUGAAAACGGAACACUUGAAGGAUUUCCACAUUUCGAAACAUUUCCUUCAAGAUCUAUGGAAAAUGUUAAAGAUUUAUAUCGAUGGUUAAAAGAUUUACAUGAAUGUAAAGACGUUGAACUAAUAUUAUUUAAAGAAUAUAAACCAUUUUAUGAAUUAUUGGAUAAUAGUUUAAGAGAAAAAAUUUUUGAAUGUUUUAAUUUAACCCCCAUUGAUGAACCGCUUCCAAUUUUGAUUCCACAACUUCCUCCUGAAUUCAAGCAAGAAAUUUUUUCGGAGUGGAUGUCAUUAUCAAAUCCUUCUUUAUUGCCAUAUGUUAGAGAUUGGAUUGAAGAACUCUCAUUGCGGUAUGGUGUGAUCCUACAACACACCAAAUUAGAGCAUGGAAAGACUGUUGCAUUUAAAUUUUUAAAAGAACCUGAAAUAAUCCCAAUAAAUAAACUCAUAAUUUUGUUGGCGCAGCCUAAAAAUCAGCAAGAAGCUUAUCUAUUGGACAACUUUAUUGACUUAGAAAAGGCAAAUGAAUUGAAUAUUAGUGAAAUUCCUUUUCUAGAUUUUAAUUCACCAUUGAAUCACCCAGUAGAAGAUCUUAAAAACUCUAUAAAAAAAUCUUCUAAAAAAGUUUUUUGCCAAAUUAUAUUUCAGGCUGCAAAGCUAUCUUUCUCUUUACCAUAUAUUAAACCAUCAGAGCAGUGUAUUGAAGCGGUUGAUGUAGCUAUUGAAAACACACAGCCAUAUAAAACUCUUUCCGAAUUAUUUAAUAAUGAUUUUGGUCACCUAAUGCCCAAAACUGUUGUUAUUGGUGGGAUCUUAAAACGAUCAUAUGAUUCAUAUAAAAUAAAUUCAAUUAAUGACACUCUGAAAAUAGAAUUAGAUGUUAAUACAUCUCAAGAAGAAAUUGAGAGAUGUUUGGCAGAAUUGAGUAAAGAAUAUAAAAUCGAUACAUCAUUAUUCAUCAGUCAUUGUGGGGAAGUUAUUGAUCAAAACAAAAUUACAGAUUGGUGGAAACCUCUCAAAAAUGAUCCCGAAAAUUGGAAAAUUAUCUCUUUUGAAGAUUGGGUACCAUCAUAUACCGUGCUAGACCAAUCUUUAAACAAUGUAGAAAUUAUUUUAGAUGAAAAGUAUCACGUUGUUUUUGAAGGAGAAAUAUUUUUAACUCGGGAUAAUCAAUCAAGUAUCAUCAUUGAUUUCCCAGGUUCGCUUUCUGAAAAUGAUUUUCAGAUAUAUGGUGAAAUCGUCAAGAAAGCUGAUUCUGACAAAGAUGAAUGCUGGAAAAAGAUUCCAGGUGUAACAAUUACAUUUGAUUAUACCAACAAAUUUGGAUGUGUUGCACUCAUUCAUAAUAGCAAUGAUAUAAGUUUGGUUAAUAAUGAGACGAAAAUAUUUUGGUUCGUACUUGCAAAACUGAAAGGAUAUUCGGAAUUGGCCUAUAGAAAUAUAAAGGUCAUCUGUGGAGAAUGUGAUGUAGAUGACAUUCAAUCUGAUAUACCCAUAGUAUUGAAAACGAAUGAAGAAAUUUGCACAGAUAAUGUUCUUGUGACUUCAUUUGUUACUAAGUCAUUUAAAGACAUGUCUUGCUACAAAAUUGUUCUCAAAAGUUGGGCUAAAAAUACUUUUGUAUUGGGAAUUCAAAAAGAAGGCCAAGAAAAUUCUCAAAAUUUGCCGGGACAAAUAUCAGAUGAAGAUUUAGAAGGGAGUUCAAGUUCAGAUGAUGCGAAAGAAAAGCCGGUUAUAAAUAGUACUGAACCAAACCUUCAAGAAAAAAUUUCUGUUAAAUUCUGUAUAAUUAAUGCAGACAAAGAAUAUAACUGGAAUAAAUAUGGGAUAUAUUUUGACGAAGAAUUAAAAAAUGAAGAGAUUCCUUACAUUUACUAUGAUCUCAACUAUUCUCCCAUGAAAUUGGAUGAUGCAAUUGAGCAACAUCAAAAACCCAAUGGGAAUACCCUCGAUGCAUGGAAAAGCUUUGUAAAAAUUCGUAAUGAUAAUGGUAAUCCUAGAGCCACUUAUUGGAUUGGGUAUUAUCUUGAAAAUAAUAAAAAGAUUCUCAAGGCACCUAUUAAGUUUUAUAAGGAUGUCCUUGAAGGAACAAAAGAUCUUCAACAAGCUGCAAUGAGAUAUUAUAAAGAAGCAGCUGAUUAUGGCGAUUCAGAUGGACAACUUAGCUAUGGUUAUGGUUUAUUCAAUGGAAAUGGUGUUCUUGAAGAUAAGCGAGAGGCAAGAAGGUAUUUUGAGUUAUCUUCAAAAAAUGGAAACAUUAAUGCUAAGUAUAAUUUAGGUCUCAUUUUAUAUAUGGAUGGGCAUAUUGAGCGAGGAAAAUCAUUGAUAACACAAGCUGCCCAAGGUGGGCAUAAACCUUCUAUAAAAUUUUGUAAUAAGAAAAAUAUAAAUUUUUAA